AUCGGCUAACGCGCUUCCGUGCGAAGAAGGCGGAUCGCUCGCCGCGGCGGAGAGAGAGCAAAGAAACAGAGAAAAAAGGGGCGAUUUUUGCGGGUAAUUAUUAUAAUAGUGAGAAUAGCCAGUUUCCCACGAAGGAAUUAUUAGGAGCGGCGUUGGUUUGGUACAGUUGUGGAUGCAACCCCCAUCGCUAGUUUCUCUCACCGUUGACUCGGCUCUCCUCCACAUCGCCCACAUCACCGAUCUCUCGGCGAUCCCCGACCCCAUCCUCGUCGAGCUCUUCCUGAAAACCUUACAUGCAGGAAAGCUGACAGAGAAGAUUCUGAAGUUAUUCACGGCAACUGGUAACGAGGAGAUCCUUUUCUUUGUACAGUCCCUCAACAUCAAACAGAUCCUUACCCCAAUUCUUCCUACCAGGUGCUCCGAAAAAUUUUAGAGCUGCAGUUGAAAUCAGUUCCUUUAGUUGAAGACUAUCCUUUUCAAGUUGAGCUUUUUGGUUCCAGCAAGAUGUCUUUGAACAUUAAGGACAAUGAGGUUGAUAUCGUGAUUGCGGCACUCCGAUCUGAUCUCACUGCUUUCAUGGAGAAAUGGCGACCAUUUUUUUCCCGCUUCCACCUCAUAAUCAUCAAAGAUCCUGACAUGGAAGAGGACCUACAAAUACCCCCAGGCUUUGAUCAUCAGGUGUUCACAAAAUCUGAUAUGGCUCAGAUUCUGGGAGCCACUUCCAUCAACUUCUCCGGUCAUUCAUGCCGGUACUUUGGUUAUCUCAUCUCACGCAAGAAAUACAUUAUCUCCAUCGAUGAUGACUGUCUUCCUGCAAGGGACAAUACUGGCACCUUAGUCGAUGCUGUAGCACAGCACAUAGUGAAUCUUAAGACACCUGCCACACCAUUCUUCUUCAACACACUCUAUGAUCCAUUUUGCAAAGGUGCAGACUUUGUCCGAGGCUAUCCAUUCAGUCUGCGAAAUGGAGUUGAAUGCGCACUGUCUUGUGGCCUAUGGCUCAACAUUGCUGACUAUGAUGCUCCCACUCAGGUUGUAAAACCAAAUGAGAGAAACGUUCGAUAUGUGGAUGCUGUGAUGACAGUUCCAGUUAGGGCGAUGAUGCCUAUGAGUGGAAUCAAUAUUGGGUUCAACAGGGAGUUGCUUGGUCCUGCAUUGCUUCCAGGGUUACGUUUGGCAGGAGAGGGCAAGCAAAGAUGGGAGACAAUGGAGGAUAUAUGGUGUGGGAUGUGUGCCAAGGUGGUGUGCGACCACUUGGGUCUUGGGGUGAAGAGCGGGCUGCCGUAUGUUUGGAGGGGCGAUGGGGUUGAUGUGAAGGGUGCCAUGGAGAGCUUGAAGAGGGAAUGGGAAGGCGUGAAAUUGAUGGAGGAGGUUGCGCCCUUCUUCCAGUCGGUGAGGUUGCCAAGGACUGCAGUUACCGCAGAGGAUUGUGUAAUUGAGAUGGCAGCGAUGGUGAAAGAACAGCUGGGGCCACUGAAUCCGGUGUUUGCAGGUGCUGCAGAUGCCAUGUUGGAGUGGGUCAAGCUCUGGAAGGCUGCAGGAUCUCAGGGAGCAUAAGUUGGAUCGGAUUUAUUUUUAGGGUCCAUUUCACUCUUUCCCAUUUAACCUUUGAAGCUUUAUGCUUAUAAUAUUUCUGUGGCUGAUAAAUAAAUUUUUUUACGUGCUUGUUAAAAGCAUGGAUACUGAAGCCAAAGAAACAUUAUCUUCUGGAUAACUGCUGCUGGAUUAUGAGAUCGUUCAUUAGUUUAUGUAAUAAACAUUUCAUUGCUUGUUAAACCAUCUGCAGGCAACUUUAUCACAAACAUGUCAAAGAUGGUUACUCUUGCUUUUUUUCAAUGCUUUCUAUUGUUUUCUUUC